AAAACAUUGACGAGUUAGUCACUCACCUGUUACACAAAUUCAUAGGUUUCAAUCUGAGGCGUACUAAAAAUCGUAAACUGUUAAAAGGUCAAUAAUAAAAAAAUGUAUAAACAAAACGCGAUUAACUGCUACCGCUUUAACCAUGGGAGUGUAAGGGCGAGGGUUUCACGACAAUGAAGAGUGCUUAUUGCUGUUGAUGAGAGCUCCAGCGGACGUCGAGAAGAAAAUAUUGGGAGAAAAAGAAGCGGGCAUGGUGAUGAAAAGCCUCCUAGAGGUCAUUGAUUACUGCUAGCGCAAGCGCGUUUUACAUUGACACCUCAAGCUAGUCAAUAUUUGAGGAGUUCUACAUCGAAGGUUACACUUUUGGAUGAUCUGUUGCUCACAAUAUCGUAUUUAGCCAAGGAUUUAAUUUGUUGAGUGAUCUGCAGAACCUAAGGUUAAAGCCAAAUUUGAUAACCUUUCUCAGCAUUCUUUCUUCCUGCGCUGAAAUGGAAGCUUUGGAACAGUGCAUACCUAAUAUGGGUAGAUCAAGCUUUAACACAAUCAGUGGAGAAGACAAUUCAGAACUUAUCCCUGGACUUUGUAAUGAUAUAACACUGGAUCCAAUCAUGACCAGAUUGCCAUGGUACACCAGAUCCAAAAUGGUCACUCUUAGUCGAGCAUGGAGAAAGGCUCUCAGAGGAGGAAAUCAUUAUCCCUAUCAUUCAAAAGAAGAUGCAAUGAGAAAUUCUAUUAUCCUAUGUAAUUAUGAUCCGUUUGGAGGAAACGGUUUGGUUCUAAAGAUCUUUCAACAGGGCAUUGUUAGUCCUCUCCCCCCUCCAAAAACCAUUCCUCACUCCUGCUGCUUCAAGUUUUGUCUUACUGAUGAGCGCAUAUACUAUCUAAUCUGUGAUAAUCAAGGAAAGAAGAUUUGUCAUGUGGAAAUGCUUGAUUUGACAAAUGGGUUAUUGGAGUGGCAGAGCCUCCCUCCAUUGACAUUGGAUGAGAGAAAAUUUACAUAUAUCUAUGCCACCACUGGCCCUGAUGGAAACUCCACCUGCAUGUUCAUGCAUUACCACAUACCUCAUCCCACUAAAUUCUUGAGAGUACCUUUCCAGGAGCAGAUAAGAUACUAUCUUUCAAUAAAAGGAAAAAAUUGCUCUGUUUGGCAGCUUCCACAUGGAGGAGAAGUCCAAUGGCACAAGACUUCUUCUGAUUUUCUUACGACUCUGCAGGACAAGCAAGAUAAUGAAACUCAGCCUCCUCUCUUCCUUGAUAUAUCUGAUCAGUGCACCCUUCGGAGAAUUCUGUACAAGAGAUUUCCUGCAUGUGACUAUUCCUGGGAAAAGUUCGAGCAAUUUGCUAUGUCUGGUUGUGGUCCAAAAUAUUUGUUGGUAUUCAGAGAUGAUUACAGUGCAGAUUCUUUAAGCGGAUUACAUUGUUUCCUCCAUUGUGGAAAUGAAGUGAACUUGUUCAAGUUAUGUCCUCAACGAAGUACGGUAAUUAGAAAAGAAAGCGAGUGGAACUCAUUCAAACUUUUUUGGGCCAGUUGUCGUUAUGCUGCAGAAGAGUAUGAUUUAACUAAGUAUAAUUUAACUGCUCUACAAUUUUCAGCAGAUUUGUCUCAACAAUUUGAAGGUUGGACAUCUCGGUUCACUCUGCCUUUCACAGUUAGAGGUGGUGUGAGGUACUCGUGUUUCAACGUGUCACAGCAAGGAUACAUGCAUAUUUAUGUAAGAGUAGCAGUUUUUGGGUGAAAGAUGUUAUUUGAUUUUUUUUUUCUUGAAGAUUUUAUGCGAAUCUAGAUUUGUUUAGUAAUAGAUAGGAGGCUGAAGCCAAAGGCCGAGAAGUCUUUAUUCUAAGAAGUCUUGACAUUUGAAAUUUUUGCGAAAACAAUGUCAUUUUUUUAUCUUUAAUUAUAAAAACUAAUGUAUAACAAUAUGUAUAUUCUAAUGAUAAUAUGAUUUUUCAUUAUUUAUUGAUA